CGUUGCGCGGUAAUUCAUGGACGAAGUCGGAAGAAUCAUGUCUGUCGUCUCCUUCGCCAAGGAUCUCGAAAGCUACAUAUGUGCCUUAUGGCCUCAGGUGUCAUCAAAUCCAAUCUUCAGUUUCGCUCCCCCAAAACUCCGGCACAAACCCGACGACUCACUCUGCUCCGAUCCCGACUCCAGACAUAUACUUCGACAUCCUCCACCAAUUCACCAAUUCACCCCCUCUCCUCUCCCUCCCCCCAAAAAAUACAAUCUCCCUCCUUCGACCGAACCCCCCACGCCCAUCACCAUGCCUCCACGAAUUCCCAUGGGCCUCCGGUCCUCCAUGACCACAUCCCCCCUCCGCACCACCCUCCGCCAGCCAUUGCUCCGCCGCCGAGUGCAGACCGACGCCGCGUCCCCGGCGCAAGAGCAGAGCGCGAUCAUGAAGUGGAUGACUGGUCCGAUUGGGCCGAAGACGGUGCAUUUCUGGGCGCCGGUGAUGAAGUGGGCGCUCGUCCUCGCCGGCGUCGCCGACUUCGCUCGACCGGCGGAGAACCUUUCCCUCACGCAGAACGCGGCGUUGAUGGCGACCGGAGCGAUCUGGACGCGCUGGUGUCUGAUCAUCAGGCCGAAGAACUACUUCCUCGCGGCCGUCAAUGCGUUCCUGUUCCUCGUCGGCACCACCCAGGUAACGCGGAUCUUGAUCUACGAGCAGUCGCAGAAGAAGAAGACGGGGAUGGAGAAGGUGGAGGAUGCGGUGAAGGAGGAGGCCGUGGCGAUCAAAGAGGGGGUGUCGAGCUCGAAAUAAUGAGAUCGUGCAGGCCAGAAUGGCGGACUUUUGUGAUUACCUAUUUUGGGGGGGCAGAACCGUUGGAUGAUGUGUCGAUACACUGUGUUGAUACACCGACGCUCGUCCUUGGAUUAGAAGGGGGAGUUUUAGGUGUCUAGGGCCAGAGACGGCGAUUUUUGGAAUGAAUUCAAGCAACUGGAUCAAGCAAAUGCCCAGCGUUUUAUAGACAGAUUCGAGAUUGCGUUUCCAUCUAUCGAUAUGGGUAUUACACAGAGGCCCUUCACCCCUCGAUCCAGCCCAUAUUCACAAACCAAAAUAUUACGCCCCAUCAAUGC